CACACGCACACGUGUACACACUCACACGCACGCGCGCACGCGCACGUCCCGCUCUCCACCUGCGUGUGCCGCGCUCCCCCAGCCCCCUUCGCCGCGCCGCGCAGCUCGCUUCGCCAUUUUUGCCGAACUGAGCCAGCGGCGGCUCCGAGCCGCGCUUGCUGCUGCUGCUGCUGCAACCAGAGACCUCGGUCCCGCUUGCUUCAUCCAGCGGGUCGCCGGGCGUGCGACUCGUGAACGAAUUUCCGGAGCGAGGGCGGCGUCUCGCAGCUGCGAGCUGUGAAGGCGAAACAAAGACUGUAGGCCCUGCAAGCACUACUACCACAGUGCAGCAUGGUGAAGGUGGGAGCCGGGCUGGGCGGGAAGCCCUGUGGAGAUGGCGGGGUCCCUCCCGGGGCCCCAGAGGGACCCCCGUCGUGGGAAGGGGAGGGCUCUCCGGCACUCAUGUCCCCGCUGGACGUGACGCAGCUGCAUUACCCGGUGCCGGACAAGAUUAUCAUUAAGACCAGGACAAACUUCCAACCACAGCCAAAGAGGAGAGGCAAACUCGGGAUUCCAAACGUCACGGAGUUCACGGUGAACUUCAACGACAGCGCCUCCGAGAAGUUUAAGCUCACUCUGCUGGUGAUGUUCGGCCUCGCGUUCCUGGCCUGCGUCGUCUUUCUAGUCGUCUACAAGGUGUACAAGUACGAACAGAGCUGCCCAGAGGGCUCCUACCUGCAGCACAAACGCUGCGUGCCCGUGGGGCUCAUGGAGUCGUACUACGCUGGGGAGGGGGUGGAGCCCCCCGGCCGCUUCCUCACGCUCGUCAACCGCUACACCGUGGUGAGGCAGUCCCUGUCGCACACCGCCUCCCACCAGCCCGCGGCCCGGGACAACAACAACAACAACGACAACGAUGACGGCGGUGACGACGGCGACGACGCAGGAGCCUCGCCCUGGGGGGGCGGCGCCGGGACUGAGAUCGGGGCCGAGGGCAAGGGCGUCGCGGGGGUCGCGGGGGGCACGCCCCCCCCGGCCAGGCUGGAGGAACCCAGCGCCUCCGUGUGACGUGGCUGCGGCGGCGGUGGUGGCGCGCGUUUCGAUUCGGCGCACGCACACGCACGCUGGGGCGCAAAGACACGGGUGCACGCACGGGAUAGCGAUCCACGCACACAGCACACAGCGCAUGCACCCGCACGCGUGCACACGCUCACACGCACGCACCACGCACGCACUCAUGCGCACGUGUGGACACGCACGCCGUGCGCGCGGGGGUGAGGCCACGAGCGGUGAUCGACCGGACACGCACGCGGCUGCCGCUGACACGCGCGCAGAUUUGGGAAAUUUGAGCCCGAUUUGUCUCCUCCUUCUGCUCGUUCCGCUUCGCCUCGCCCCGUUUAUUCGCGGUCGGCAGCCCUGCUUCUGAUCCUCCAAUUCUGCUCGUUUCUCACUCUCACCGCUCUCCUUUUUUCUUUUCUUCCGAAGGAUCCCCUUAACGCCCUCGUUACCGCUGCUGCUUGGCAGCUCCCAGCGUUCAGACCCACCUACGGUGACCGGUUUAACCGCGUUCGCGUAGAUCUUACUUUUCUACCUGCCAGGAAUCCGCAAUGUCACGGGUAAUUUCCUGUCACCUCUCCACGUGCACCAGCCACUCUGAAUCCGAUUCCUCACAUCUGCACGAGUCACAUUGUUCUGUAUUAUUCAUUGCUAGCGACACGACAAUACUGUAAGGAGCCUUACUGCUACUCGUGAGCAUUAAUUUAUUGACGUGUGUGUGUGUUCAACUGGUAUUUAUGUAUUUCUUUGAUUAGCUAGUCGCGUAUUUAUUUAUUUAUUUAUUGGCUUACUUGAUUGGAGCGCUUAUGAAACAAAAGCGCGCCUUGAGCCGAGAGGUUUGCUUGAGAAUGACGGAGGGUGCCGGGGACGAGGGUUCGUCGAUCAGAAGCCACGAGGUAGGACGCGUUGCGGACAUGCGGUCAGAGACACCGGCCCAUCACGGGGAACCCUGGCGACUCCAAGGGGAGGGGGCGAUGGUGGAACGCGUGGCGGUGCACGUGUCGAUCACCAACCCCGCACAUCCCUCCAGCGGCCACCGUCCCAUAGACACCACGUCACCUCCUCCUUUGCGUUGUGUUUAACUCUUUUAUGAUACUGACUUGUCGCGGCUUGGAGUUGUUCAGUGGCAUCCGGCUCAACACUUACGUAUUAAUGACAAGUGUGCUUUGGUGUGGUAGGCGAUGCUGUGUAUAGCUCCAGUGGGUGAUGACGGGACAGAGGGGGUAGGGGCGAAGGUAAGAGCGAGACUGCUCGGUUUGAUCCCCGUUGCAGAGAAAUUAAGAGGUGGGGGUGGGUGGAGGUAGUGGGGGUAGUGGAGGGGUGUCGUUUGGUUUAGAGGCAGUGUCGGCUCGUGGCUCCAGGUUUAGGAUGCUCCACACAUCACCCCGAGUUUUCCAGCCUCGGGUGACAAGUGCCAAUAUAUUUUCUGAGUAACUGGAAUGCGAAGGUGACAAUGUGAAGAUGCUGAUGGUGCGGAUGAUGAUGGCCCAAUGUAAACCAACUCUGCUGGUAAGAAUAGGUUAAUGUUAUUUUGAACCCAGUCUCCUCGUGGCAAGCCCUCUAAGCGAGCCCUCUUCCGAGAGGUCCUCACCGCCAAAGCCCCCACGCCCAGCUGCAUCCUCAAGUCUCAAAAAUAGCGGUCGAGGCUGUGGCCGAAUCCCUGCACCUCCUCCACCCACGAGGUUCUCUCCAGCUCAGAGAACCUGGUGGGCAGAGUCAACCAAGGGGAACGAGGAGGAGCCACGUGCUCGAAGUGCCGUGGUUGGUGUUACCGUAUCGAGCAGAUAUUAAAUCUCAUCUCGUUGUUCUGCAGUAGCCGAUGGUUAGACACACAAAGUCAUGAAUCGAUCUUCCCAGGAGAACUGGCCUGCGGAGAGCCCAGCACUGGUGCAUCAACACCAUCAUCAUCAUCACCCGUUGCCUUCGCGUUCCAAUCAUCAACGAACUCACCUGCGCGUGUCACCCGAGACUGGAAAUCUCGCGGGGGAUUAUCGCCUCUUGAACCUGGAGUCCCGAACUCGCCGCUGCCUGCAGUUGUGUUUCAGGGGGGUGCAGGCGCGUGUACUCGGCGCGGCUCCCAAGUGCGAAUACCCUCAUCCUUUGUGUACUUUGUGAGUUUCACAUAAGUCUGGGCACUACCUCCGGCGCAGCCUAGGAGGAGGAUGGUUCUGAAUGGAGGGAGAGGCGGGUGGUCGUUGCUGUUCUUCAGGGGUUGGCCGUGUACUUCAGAGACCCACUGCUUAUAAUCUCCACGGACUCCGUAGCCGUAACCAUGAAGGGCGCUACCGGAAGAGAAAACAACCGAAGGGAAUUAAGAAUUAAAUCAACUUGCAACUGCCCCUCCCCCCCCGCCGCGACUGCGGGGCGUGGUAAAAAUACAAAACGCAGCCGCGACCAAUAAUCAGAGUUGGCUUUGGGGCUCAGAGAGAGAGAGAGGGUGGCUGUGGGCGCGCCGCGUCGCCGCGCGUGUGUGCACGUGUGUUGAACUUCUUUCGCACCGCACGUAGCCAACCGCGCUCAUCGGAGUGUCGGGGGAGGACAGCGGACGGGCGUGAGAACGAGGGGUGAGGGUUUCUGUUUGGUCGCAGCAGUUUAUUUAACAUACGUUUCCCCCCACCCCCCACUUCAGCUCCCGGGCAAGUAACUGCCCGCGUCUCAGACGAUGAUGUUUGCGGGAUGGCGCAGGCGAAACUGGAAACAGCCGGGGUUCUUUAGGGGGUCCAUAGAGGUGACGCAGCGACCCCCCCCCCAAACACCCA